AUGCGUUACCAGCUCUGUCUCCAAUUCUUCAAAUUUGUGAUACCCGUACUCAACUUUAGCCUCUUCAAUCCUGACGAUGCAGCUGGGAUCAUAAUUAGUGGCAUUGUCAUCAUCCUGGCCCUGAAAUUUGUCACCAGAUGGAUCGAGGUGACACGAGAAUGGCAGAUGGAGCGCGCGCGGCAGCAGGCCAUGGAGAUGCAGCAGGCAGCGGCAGGCGCGCCAAUAAUCCAGCCGGCGGCGAACGGCUCGCCGACACCGCCUUACGCUAUUGCUAACCACGUCGUGGAGAUGGGAGCCGUGAACCGGUUCCUGGACGACAUACUGCGGGAGAAGCCCGCGCGGUUCACGGCGGAGAACCUCCGCGAGUUCACCCGGAACUACGCAGAGCGGCUCGGGUCCGGCGGCUUCGGCGUGGUGUACCGCGGCGCGUUCCCGAACGACGUGCAGGUGGCCGUCAAGAUCCUCAACAGCACGCUGGACCGGCGCGCCGAGGAGCAGUUCAUGGCGGAGGUCGGCACCGCGGGGCGCACCUACCACAUCAACCUCGUCCGCCUCUACGGCUUCUGCUUCGAUGCCACCACCAAGGCGCUGGUGUACGAGUACCUCGAGAAAGGCUCGCUCGACCGCGUGCUCUUCGAGCACGAGCAGCGGCGGGACACGGACCUGGGCGACGCGGUCGGCUUCGACGCGCUGUAUGGCAUCGUCGUGGGCACGGCGCGCGGGGUGAGGUACCUGCACGAGGAGUGCCAGCACCGGAUCAUCCACUACGACAUCAAGCCCGGCAACGUGCUGCUCACCGCGGACUACACACCGAAGGUGGCCGACUUCGGCCUCGCCAGGCUCUGCAACCGCGACAACACGCACCUGACGAUGACCGGCGCGCGGGGCACGCCCGGGUACGCCGCGCCGGAGCUGUGGCUGCCGCUGCCGGUGACGCACAAGUGCGACGUCUACAGCUUCGGCAUGCUGAUGUUCGAGAUCCUCGGGAGGCGGCGCAACCUGGAGCUGCAGCACCCCGCUGUGAGCCAGGAGUGGUACCCCAAGUGGGUGUGGCAGAGGUUCGACCAGGGGAAGUUCGACGACGUCAUGGCGGCGUCGGGGAUCCAUGCCGAGGACAGGGACAAGGCGGAGAGGAUGUGCAAGGUGGCGCUGUGGUGCGUGCAGUACCAGCCGGAGGCGAGGCCGUCCAUGCGCAGCGUGGUCAGGAUGCUGGAAGGCGAGGAGGAUAUUGCACGGCCCGUGAAUCCAUUCACGUACAUGGCGAGCCUGCACAUGAUCUCCAGCUCCAGCAGCGGCGACGGUGAUAGCGCUGCCGCCUCCAGCAAUUCGUUCAAAGAAUUUCGAGGCACGAGGAGUGCUGUUAAUAAUCAGGCCAGAUGA